UUACGUUAACAUUUAAUUAAAUAAGCCACUAUUCAGUCUCUUGAAUAGAAUAACAUUUGCGCUUUGCAAUUGGAGACUGCUGUAUAUGGGCGGGACUUCCUUGUAGCCAACACUGUUUAUUUGUGCGUGUUGCAGAAAUAGCAGAGAGAUCUUGCACAGAGCAGAUAAGAAGUUUGUAUUACAGGGUGGUAUGAUGUUGUGGAGUGUAAUGCUGGGUUGCAGCUCACGAAGAGGAGGAAGCUGCUAUCUGGGAUGGCUUAUAACCUUAACCCUGACCCUGCCUCUGGCCUCCCUACAGAUGGACCGCCAUGGACACCAAGGACACCCCCUCCAUCCUCACCACCAGGCCACCAGAGGGGCUCGGCCCAAGCUACUGCUGUUGUCCUUCGAUGGGUUCCGCUGGGACUAUGUGAACCGUGUCCCCACCCCUAACUUCCAUGCCCUGAUGGAGGAAGGGUCAAUUGUUGAGCAGGUUGAGAACACCUACAUCACCAAAACCUUCCCUGACCACUACACCCUGGUCACCGGGCUGCAUGCCGAGACUCAUGGCAUCGUGGGUAACGAGAUGUACGACCCAGACCUUAAUGCCUCCUUCUCCAUGGAGACGCAUAGCGCCUACGAGCCACGCUGGUGGGCUGGGGCAGAGCCUCUGUGGGUGACCAAUCAGAAGCAGGGUGGGCGGAGUGGCGGGGUGAUGUGGCCGGGGUCGGACGUGGAGAUCGGGGGGGCGUACCCGUCACGCUACCUUCCGUACAACGCUUCGCUGAGCUUCGAGAGGCGCGUGGAGACGAUGGUUGCCUGGCUGAUGGGGGAGAGGCCAGGGGAGGGGGUUCAGUCUGUGCAGGGGGGUGUGGACUUUGGCGUGUUAUACUGGGAGGAGCCUGACGAGAGCGGUCACAACCUGGGCCCAGAGAACCCUCUAAUGGACGCGGUCAUUGCUGAUAUCGACGACAAGCUGGGCUUCCUCCGCAAUGAGCUGCGCAAGAUGGGUCUGUACGAAAGUGUGAACCUGAUUGUGACCAGUGAUCAUGGCAUGACCCAGCUCUCCAAAGACAAGGUGAUUGAGCUGGACCAAUACCUGGACAGAGACCUCUACACCUGGGUGGACAAGAGUCCUGUGGUGGGGAUACUGCCUAGAGACGGUAAGUUAGAGGAGGUGUACAGUGCGCUGGUUGAGGCCAAUCCCAACAUGGUGGUGUAUAGGAGGGAACAGAUCCCCGAGCGUCUCCACUACCGUCACAACAACAGGAUCAUGCCCAUAAAUGAGGCCAAGGAGGGCUGGACCAUCACCCAGAACAGAACCACAGGACCACACAUGUUGGGUAACCACGGCUACGACAACACCCUACCCAGCAUGCAUCCUGUCUUGGUGGCGCGUGGCCCCGCCUUCCGUCAGGACUACGUGAAGAGUUCCAUGCGUUCCGUUGACCUCUACCCCCUCAUGUGUCACAUCCUGUCUGUCCGGCCCCGCCCCAACAAUGGUUCUCUAGCCCGGGUUAUGGACCUCCUCUCCGAGCCCUCCCCACCCACACACUCCACCCCGCUGGAGGGCAGAUACCAGCCUUCCUUCGCCACCGCCCUGGGCGUGGUCCUGGGGGUUGUCAUGGUAACAGGGUUCCUGGUGGUUAUCGUCAAACAGAUGACGCUCCGACAACUACCCAGCAGGCAGAGCGAGAUGGCCCAGCCACUAUUACUUGAAGAACUACAGCUUUAGAGGAGAGGAGAAGAGAGGAGAGGGAGUUAGGAGAGAGAGAGAGAGAGAGAGAGAGAGAGAGAGGAAGAGAGAAGAAAGUAGAAGGAGAGAGAAGGAGAGGAGAAGAUGAGAGUUGGCUCCGUACACCGAUAAAGGACAGUAGCUUCAGUGUGGUGGAGGAGGAGGAGGAGGAGGAGAGGAUAAAGUGUGGCUUUGUUCUGAUGGUUAUUUUGUUGUUUAUCUCAUCAGAGAGGAACAGUCAUAAUAACAAUAAGAACCAAUAGUACACUGGACACAAAGCAUAAUAAGUGAGUAAAUCUAGUAUGUGGUUGAGUUGUAAUGCUAAGCUGUACAGUGACUCAGAGGUUUUAGACCACUGUGGGAUCUGAGUUCAGUUAGUCAGGCUGUUGCUUUCAGUCUUCAAUAGAUCCAUGACUACCGCGUUACUGCUUUAGUCCAUGUUGUUGUUGUGCUACCACGUUACUACUUUAGUCCAUGUUGUUGUCGUCAUGACUACCAUGUUACUGCUUUAGGUCAUGUUGUUGUCGUCAUGACUGCCACGUUACUACUUUAGUCCAUACAGUUGUCGUCAUGACUACCACGUUACUGCUUUAGUCCAUAUAGUUGUCGUCAUGACUACCACGUUACUGCUUUAGUCCAUAUAGUUGUCGUCAUGACUACCACAUUACUACUUUAGUUCAUAUAGUUGUCGUCAUGACUACCACAUUACUACUUUAGUCCAUAUAGUUGUCGUCAUGACUAUCACGUUACUGCUUUAGUCCAUAUAGUUGUCGUCAUGACUGCCACGUUACUACUUUAGUCCAUACAGUUGUCGUCAUGACUACCACGUUACUACUUUAGUCCAUAUAGUUGUCGUCAUGACUACCACGUUACUGCUUUAGUCCAUAUAGUUGUCGUCAUGACUACCACAUUACUACUUUAGUUCAUAUAGUUGUCGUCAUGACUACCACAUUACUACUUUAGUCCAUAUAGUUGUCGUCAUGACUACCACGUUACUGCUUUAGUCCAUAUAGUUGUCGUCAUGACUACCACGUUACUACUUUAGUCCAUAUAGUUGUCGUCAUGACUACCACGUUACUGCUUUAGUCCAUAUAGUUGUCGUCAUGACUACCACGUUACUACUUUAGUCCAUAUAGUUGUCGUCAUGACUACCACGUUAAUGCUUUAGUCCAUACAGUUGUCGUCAUGACUACCACGUUACUACUUUAGUCCAUAUAGUUGUCGUCAUGACUACCACGUUACUACUUUAGUCCAUAUAGUUGUCGUCAUGACUACCACGUUACUACUUUAGUCCAUGUUGUUGUCGUCGUGACUACCACGUUACUACUUUAGUCCAUAUAGUUGUCGUCAUGACUACCACGUUACUACUUUAGUCCAUAUAGUUGUCGUCAUGACUACCACGUUACUACUUUAGUCCAUGUUGUUGUCGUCAUGACUACCAUGUUACUGCUUUAGUCCAUAUAGUUGUCGUCAUGACUACCACGUUACUACUUUAGUCCAUAUAGUUGUCGUCAUGACUACCACGUUACUACUUGUUCCUGUUCAGUACUUACAGUCAUCCUCUACUUUAUAGGAGAUCAUCUUUCUAUUAUAUGUGCAAUAAUGUAGUUUUAUAUGUUACUGUCUGUAGGGGGCGUGUUUCUGUACAGACACAUGUGUAUUGCCCCUAUAAAGAAUCAUAAACCACUAACCAUUCAGGGCUUGACAUUCAGGU